UUGACCUUCUAUGGUUUGAGAAGCAGAAGAUCACUGCUCCAUCAGAAUUCCGCCAUCAAUAAUUUGACAAAAAUAUUUUUGAUCCACUCUGUUUCAAGCUGUCACCAAAAAAUGUCUUCUUCUUCCUCUUCUUCUUCUUCUUCGUCGCUUAAACCCAUUACAUUAAUAUAGUUUCCUGAUAACGAUCAAACAGAUCGGCAAAAACAAAACACACAAAAAAAAUCCAAUCGUGAAUUCAGGAGUGAUGCUUCGUAUCGCGAUUCUCUGUGUCGUGAUCGCCGCCGGGAUCUCGAUCUCGACGGCUACCACCGAGAACGAGUCAAUAUACGAGAUCCUCAAGGAGAACGGAUUGCCGUUGGGGAUAUUCCCGAAAGGCGUGAAAGAGUUCAACUUCGACGGCGAAACGGGACGAUUCUCGGUUUAUCUGAACCACUCGUGCGACGCCAAAUACGAGACAGAGCUGCAUUACGACGCCAAUAUUACCGGAACGAUAGGUUUUGCUCAAAUCGGGGAUUUGUCGGGGAUCUCGGCGCAAGAGCUAUUCUUGUGGUUUCCGGUCAAAGGAAUCCGAGUCGACGUGCCCAGCUCUGGACUUAUAUACUUCGACGUUGGUGUUGUUCGCAAGCAAUAUUCCCUGUCUUUGUUCGAGACUCCCAGAGAUUGCGUUGCGGUUCGUCGUGAAAACGAGGUUCAGUCUUCUAUGUUGGCAUUGUAUCAAGUAGAUCAAACUCUUGGGAGAAACAUUAUUUAGCCGGAGUUUAAAGAAAUGUUGUUAUACUAUACCAGAAAGAUAGACAGAUGUUCUCAUCAAUUCUUGAAGAUACUUGUACUGUUUUGGUCUCAAAAUCUUAGGCAUGAUGAGUCAAGGUCAAAUGCUUCAUUCUUUCCCUUCCCCAUUUCUAGUUUUGUUUCUGUAUUGCGCGGGGACUGAGAACUGAGAGAAUCUGUGAGCGGAAGUUACAUGGAGAGACAAAAAUAUCUCUGGUUUAUUCGGAAAAGAUGUUGAAGGAAUGGUCCAUAUUUGGUUGAAGUGAUUGAUGGUAACUGUGAGUUGAUAAAUGUUUUUUUUUUUUAAAUUGUAUUUUGGUGUCAUGUCUAAACAGCUAUUAUAUCCUAUAUAUAGCCAAAUAAUUGUUAUAUAAAACUGACAAUCAUUUCCCAUUCA